AUGCUCCCACUUACUGCAUGCAUUUCGUCGCCCCACCGUUUAAUAAACAUAAGGGCGAGAGGGAUAAAAGAAGUUCAAGAAACCCUAUAUUUUGUAGCAUUACAAUUUGGCAUUUAGUUGGACGACAUUUUGCUUUGCCUUAUGUUUUAUCGAUUUAUACAAAUUUCUAAAAUUGAAAUGGACAAUUACAGCAAAAGUUAUAAUAUAACAUCAAAUGUUUUAGUGAUUUUAUGUUGAAUGUGAACUGUGAUUAUAAAGUAUCUGCUGUAAUAAACAGCGGUGUGCACAUUUGAUUUUGUGUGAUGUUGUUGGAUAUGCAGUUUUGACUAAAAAUGGUUACGUCUAAUAAAUUGCCUGAUAAAAAGGUGGUGAAAAUGUCUGAUCAAAAAAACAAUGUAGUGGUUCCACAAAGAACGCUAUUAGGUGAAGUCAAUGAACAUAUAACAUGCCCCCUGUGUCGCGGAUAUUACAUCGACGCCACUACUAUUGUGGAAUGUUUGCACUCUUUUUGUCGCAGUUGUAUCAUUAAACAUUUACAAAUCAAGAGUUACUGCCCAGUUUGUGAAAUGAUGAUCAAUUCUGCCAAACCAAACAUUAAAUUGGAUAAAGCUCUGCAGGAUAUUGUAUAUAAAUUAGUGCCUGGACUUUUCCAAAGAGAAAUGGAAAGAAGACAACAAUUUUAUUCAUCAAGACCUGGCCCAGCUGCAUCAGCUACACCAGAGCAGAGAGGAGAAGACACUGAAAGAAUUAUAUUUAGUCCGGAGGAUGUUAUAUCAUUUUCAUUAGAAUUUGCUGAUGCCACUGAUGCUGACAGUAUUUCUAGCAAGUCCUCAGAUAGCAAUGAACCUCAAAAUGUUUCAGCUAUAACGAGGCGAUAUUUACAGUGCCCUGCAGUUGUUAAUAUUAGUCACUUGAAGAAAUUCCUGAGUAUGAAAUUUGAUAUAGAUAGUACUCAAUUUGCCAUUGAUAUUUUGUACAAAAGGGUACCUUUGCCUGAUUAUUAUACUUUAAUGGAUAUUGCUUACAUUUAUAAUUGGAAACGUAAUGAACCAAUGAGAUUUUUUUAUCAAAUUAUUGACUAUGUUGCUAUUCGUAACAGAUUGUUUGACAUAAAUCGUAAAGAAACCCAUUUUGGGGAAAGAAAAUUAAGCCCAACAUCUACUGAAGAUACUAAUAUGAGCAGUCCAGCACCUAAUUUGCAAGAUCAUAGUUCAGAAGCUUCAUCUGGCACAGACAGCCCUAUGCCAGAUGAUAAUAACUUAAAACAAGUAAGUGAUUUCUCAAAGAAAGACACAGACAAAUAUCAACAACAAACAGAUACACUUGAAAAAAAUAGUACAGCCAUGGCAAAGAAAAAUGAUGAUGAUGAAGAAAAAUCUCAAUUCCUUAAUUCUUUUGAACUUACAGCAAAGAACAGUGCUAAUCUGAAAUCACCUGUGAAACAAAAUUCUAAUGAUGAUUCAAGUAGUAGUAAUGUUGUUUUGCCAUCAAACUGUCAUUCACCUAAAGUGGAAGAAUCUUUUAAGAGAAAAAUUCAAACACCUCCAAAUUCACCAGAAAUAAAAAAAUUAAAAUUAGAAAUUGAAAAAUCUAGAAUACCUACAUCUAGCAGUAUGCCUCCGAAUCUCUCAAAUCAAUCAAGCAAUAAAUCAACAGAUACUUCAAUGAAACCUAAAAAUGAGAGUGUACCCAAGAACAGUGGAACUCUUCAAACUACAGGUCCUUUACAUCAAGUUAGUACCAAAGAGGAGAAAAAAGAUAACAUGAGAGAAUCCUUUUCAAGUAAUAAACAAUCAACUGAUACAUCUAACAUGAAGAGAGUUGCCCCAGGACCUAACAAUGUUUCUUCACCUAAACGCAAACCAAUUGAAACAGCACUCAUGACACCUCCAUUACAAGCCCCUAAAACAGUAUCUCCACUUAAAAUUCAAGUACCUAGAUCUGAGGGUCAACAAAUAAGUAAAAAGGUAGCUGAUGUACCUACAAUUAAAAAAAUGCCAGACCUUAAACCUAGCAAUAUGGGACAGUCUUACUCAAGCAAGCCUAAAGUAAGAAUGGAUUUGUUAGCAAACAAUAGUGAUAUAGAUAGAAGUAAAAUAAUUCCACAAGUCAAAUCACCAAUGGGACCAUCAGGUGCUGUACCGGGUUCUGGUGAUCCCUUGAAAUCUCUUUUUGAUUCUUGCAAAAUAAACAUACCAUCGUCCCUUUCAAUUACUUUAACUGAUCAAAAGUUGGAAGCCCGAAACACUAAUGAGGUGGUACCUAUUGACCCUAAAAAGAAUGUUUUAAACAAAAAUUUUGUUAGAGCUGUUAGUCCUUCGGCACACAAAGUUCCAAGUCCCCCAGUUCAUAAUUAUAUUCAAAUAUUGAAAUUGCCUGAUGGUGACCCAAAAAAAGUCACUAAACCUGAGGGAAGUUCAGACCUAAAAGUGAAUCCUAAUAAAACUGAAACGAACCAAUCUAAACCUGGAAAAACAUCAGAAGUAUCUGCAAAGGGACCAAUUCCAAAUCUUAAACCCAUUGCUGAUGCCAAAUUAUCAAAACAAGGUGGUAAUUUUUCAUCACCUAUCACUUUUCAGCAAACAUUUGAACAGCAGCUACAAUCUCUUCAAACAGAUAAAAAAGCUAAGCCUCCAAAAAAUAAGCCACAAUUACCAAAAUUAGUUCCUGCUACACCUAAGGCUCUUAGUGCAGCUAAUAAAUCAACCAAUUCUAAUAACAAGCCAAAUCCAGGUGGAGUUGCAGGAGUGGAGUCAAAAACUGGUUCAGCUUUAGACUUGUCAACAACACAUAACAUACCUAGUACAUUAAGUCAACAACCUUUUGAUAAAGCAUUUGAAACUAUGCAGUCAAUAGCAAAUUUGGCUAAAAAACAAAAUUUGCAAUCAAAAGGUUUACCCUUGCCUCAAAGUAAUGUGUUCUCCCCCAUUUCUAAUAGACCUAUAAAUCCAAGUGCAAGUCCAUUAAGAAUACCAUCUGCCACAAACUUAAAUCAAAUUAAAUCUGACAAAGCCCUAACUUCUUCACUUAUAAAUAACACUCCUACAAGGCAGGAUGUUACCAGUAAGAAUAAUGCAAUGAAAUCCAUAAAUAAUGUUAAUUCCUCUGUAGCUUCACCAGGUUAUGGAGGUUCCUCUCAUAGUUCGCCUAGCACGCAACCAUCGCCUAGGCAAACUCGAUCCCCUAGUUCUUCUCCGAAGUUGGUUAUUGCUGAAGAGAAACAAGUAACAAAUUCUUUACCUGAUCAACAAACAGUAUCCCAAUCUAACCAAGUGUUAAACACUCAAAUGCCAAUAAUCAAUAUUCCAAAAAAUGAAUCCCCUAAAGCUUCACCAGGACCGUCAAAAUCAGGAUUGAAACCUGUGAAACCCUUGACUCCUGUUGGCAAAAUACCAUCAGUCAAACUUCCUCAGACUCCAAAUAUGAAACAGAGUUCUAUGUUGAAUAAUUCUGAAUAUCAUGCAUUACUAAGGCGCCAGUUUGAAAUGAAUUGGCUCAAAGUUCAAAGGCAGUAUGACAUGUACAAAAAUACCUUGACACCUCCAUCUCAAGGCGAUUUCAAUAAAGAUAAACAUGCAGAGCUGGGAACAUGGAUAUAUCAACAAACUAUGUCUACAGUCCAAAGUUCAAUUCCCUUCAAAUUGCGAAAAAAAGUGAAUAUUGCAAGUAAAAAGGCCAAUAUAGAAAAUGAAGAUAUUAUCAACAAGGGAUUAACAAGUAGAAGACAGUUAAAACGGAAUAUCCAGCCUGAUCAACAGUUACAGGGUGAUUGUGAUACAGAUUUAUGCUCUCCGGCUAAAAUUCAAAGAGGAAACAAGUUUGCUCAAUCAGAAGAUAGUGAAGUUAUCAAUACCAAUCUUGGUUCAUCCGACGAGUGCACAAGGCCGUUGACAAGUAGAGAAAAAGAAAUAGGGUGGCUGGAAAACUUCUUAGAUGAGCAUUUAGAAAAAGAAGAGUCUGCCUCAUUAUACAUAUCUGGACAACCAGGGACUGGGAAGACCGCCAGUUUAACUUAUAUAUUGAAUUUACAUAAGUUUCGCCAGGCUUACAAGCAGGUUUAUGUGAACUGUACUAUGAUGAAGUCCGCGACCAGUAUCUACAGUAGAAUAUGCAAAGAGCUACAGCUGCGGACCGCGGCCUCCACCGAAAAGGCUUGUCUACGAGCUAUUGAAAACUAUUUGCAAAAAAAUCACAAGAUGAUCCUCUUAGUAUUAGACGAAAUUGAUCAACUGGACAGCAAGCGGCAAUCAGUUCUGUACACAAUAUUUGAAUGGCCGGCGAUGUCAGAGUCUCGCAUCGUGUUGAUCGGGAUCGCCAAUGCCCUUGACUUGACCGAGAGAACCCUCCCGAGACUCCAAGCCCGUUGUUCCCUGAGACCUCACACUCUUCACUUCGCGCCCUACUCGAAGGACCAAAUAAUAAAUAUCUUCACGACUGUACUCGCGAAGGAAGACAAGUCUAAACUCUUUUCGCCUGUUGCUUUGCAGAUGUUGGCAGCAAAAAUUGCCGCCGUAUCAGGUGACAUGAGGCGCGCAUUGGAUAUUGGAAGACGAGUGAUAGAACUGGCCAAGCGGAAUAAAUUCUCAGAAAACAAAUCGGUGGACUGUCUUAUGCAAGAUAGCACUGUUACAGUAGAAUUAAAACAAGUGCUAGAGGUACUGAAUGACGUGUAUGGCGGCUCUAGGAAAAUUGAAACCGACAUGGAUGAAGGAUUACCGAUGCAGCAGAAAUUGAUUCUGUGCAGUCUUAUGUUAAUGUUGACUAAGGGAAAGAACAAAGACGUUGUGAUGGGAAAAUUUUAUGAUGUUUAUAAAAGAGUGUGCGUGUCCCGUAACAUAGCGGCGCUAGAUAUAAGCGAGGCGUGGGGCGCGUGCUCGCUGCUGGAGGCGCGCGGCGCCGUGCGCGCGGCGGGCGGCGGCGCCGUGCGCGCGCGCCGCCUGCGCCUGCGCUGGCACGAGGCCGAGCUGGCGGCCGCGCUGCGGGACAAGCCGCUGCUGCACGACAUACUCCACGACGUCGCCUGUCUUACGGCCUAAUAUACCUACAUACUUAGAAGUGAAAAACUUUUAACAUUAGGUGUUGAAUUUAUUGAUUUUGAAAAAUAUUAAAGCAUACAUAAUACACCAGAUUUCGCAAUUUUAAAAAUACAAAACUAUUAGAUGUCAAUUUUGACUCCUUAUAGUGGCUAGCAGUUUUUACCUAAAAUUCUUUGGGUGUCGAUUUUUAAGAGAGAGACAUUGAAGACAUUUAAUGAUCGAAGCACAAACAACAGGUUUCUGACAGCUAUCUGUAAAAAGUAGACCAAACUUAUUUAUACAUAGUACCUACAUAUUAAUUUAACUCGAAGGAUUAGUAUUUUUACGGAAAUACCCCUAUGUAAAAACGGUAUUAACAGACUUGACGAAUCCGUUAAGGAUUUAAUGAAGCUAUUGCUAUCACUCUUCUACAUAUACUCCGCACAUCCAGUGCAGUAUAUUAUUCGCUGACUCGCCCUUUCUCCUCUCAGCCUAAUUGAUUUGUAAAUUUGUUUUCAAUUUAUUGUAUCGUAUAACCAUGUUUUCAUGUUAUGAAUGCUAUCCAUUCAGCUAAGUUACUAGGCAUUUUAUCUAAAUUUUGAAAAUUCUUCCUCAUAUCAUUAUAGAAUGACAUUUGCACGCACAUUGAUAUUUAUACCUGCAAACCAUGAGACUUCCACGCGUACGAAGCCGCGGGCACCAACUUACUUUUAAAUAUAUUUUAUUAUUGGUUUUUAUUGGUAACGAGAUCUGCAUUUGGAAUACAAACUCGUAUUAAAUCUUAUCGCAUGUUGUUAAGUAUAUAACUUCAAGAUAGAAGAAGAUAACUAGGGUUAGAUUGGUGCCCGAGAACAAUGUAUCUAUUUUUUAACGUUUUUCUUGGUCUCAAUUUGUAUUUAAUUUUAGAUGGUUUUUAUACAAAAUUUCGUGUUCAAAUAAUUAUAUCAGCUUGUGCCUCUUGAAAUGUAUUUUACGCCAUCGUUUUUGUUAACUAAGGCUUAAACUGUUUAUUAUGUUUUAGUAUGCAAAUAUUAACAUUAUUUAAAAAAACAUGUGAUAACUACAUCCCGUGAGCAUGCAAUACAUAUUGCAUGUGGCUUACUGUCGCUGUAUUAUUUAAGUUAAGAAAUAGGCGACAAAAAUAAAUCGUGUUUUACUGUUAAGAGGAAAAAACCAAAAUGUUGAUUUUACAUUUAAAAUAUUAUUAACAUGGACGUCUUCUCAAUAGAUGUAGCUAUUAGUGUUAAGUUUGACUUUGUUUGUAAAGACUGAUGUUAGUUUGAUAAUGUUCUAUUUAUACAUGCAAAAUGUACUCAAUAAAUAAUGCUUUGUAUUUUAUUCGAAACAAUUCGAGUAAGCAUAAUGAAAACUAUAAUUUUUUCAUUAAUUUAAUACUAUUUUUGAGCUGUUAGUUAUAUAUCCGCUUUGAAUGGGUAUGAAUUGUGUUCUAAGUAUAAGCGUCAAUAAAAUCACCAAAAAUUUUAUAAAUUU